AUGCUUACCCGCCGCCACUUCAAGGCCCUCGCAUCUGGACGCUUGAGCCGUUGGAUCGAACCCGGCCGUUCAACACUCGUCGUUCGCAAAGAGCACACUAAGUGGCAGUGCAACGAGAAAGUUGAGCCCAAAGACAAGGAAGCUAAAUCCGACGACAAAAGUAAGCCUAUUGAGUGUCAAGAGGUCAUGAAGAUGAGCGAGCGACUCUGCACGAAAUGCGGGUGUAUUCGCAGAGUCGGCGCAGCUGCGAUGACCGAGGAUGGGAUGUACCUUGGCGUGCUUGUCAGUAUCACCAAGGGAAUACAGGAGUGGUGGGAGUAUUUCCCUGAACUGCAGGAGGAGAGUUGCGAGGAGCCCACUAACACUGACACUGACAAUGACAAUGACGUUGUGAUGGGGGGAAUGUGA